GCCUCGAUCAGUCUCUUUCUUUUCUCUUUGCCUCCUUCUUCCCUCCGCCUGCGGAUCGCAGCUGAAGCUCACUCGACGAGAGAAGAGGGGAUCUCUUUUCUUGUUUUCUUUUUCCUUAUUGCGUUCGUGUGGUUGUCUUGGUUAAUUUCUCGCCUUCUUCCCUCGUUCUGUUUUCUUCCACUCUCGUGCUCUUGCUCUCUCCCUCAUCCCUUCCUCCCUUCCGGCCACACAACACCACCGCCUCCCGUCAUCCUCUCAACUUUCCUUGCACCCCCGUCCCACCACUUCACCCAAUUGGGUUCCCCACAAACCUCGCCCUGUCUCACUCACUACUUGUAAUUUUUUUUAUACCUAUCCCGCCAUUUCACAUCUUACCCCCAUUCUCCCCAACACUGUUCUCGCCUACGGUGUUCGCGUUGUAGUACCUUUUCAGAAAAAAUGUGGACAAAUUCACCUCCCUGUUCUCCUUCGCCGGGCCGAGCAAGCGACUCGAUCUUACCGCAACCGGCGUCUUCGGCUUCUUCUAUUGUCUCAACUUCCGUUACCAAUCAGUCGACAGUCGCGACCAGCAUGUCCAUUACUCCGGACAGAGAAACCCUUGUUUUACCAGACGAUGCUAUAAUUUCCAAACCCAUUGAUUCCGGCAAAGAUUUACCCCCAAUCAACGCGGAGCAAUCGGAUGUCGGAGCAACCGAGGAGCCAGAAGCUGGGCCAAUAGAGGCUGAUAAAGCUGGGAAUGCUACCGAAGACGUCAAAGAAGAGCGCGGUGAUAGCAGCGGCGGGGCGCAGGAGCAAACGCGCACUACGCGUUCUCUAAGGGAUCGCUCCCGUACAGUCGGGGAAAGCACACCAUCAACGCCAGCCCCUACUAAAUCUACGAAGGAGUCGAAGACAGCGCCAGAUGCAGCUCGCAGGAGAAGUCUCAGAUUAGCAGACAAACCGAAAUCCCCGAAUACAUCUGAUGUCUCCAAAGCUAAGCCGAAUGCGACGCGUCGCCAUAGUCAACGUAUACAGGUUGCAGUUGCAACUGCUGCAAAGCUUGCUGCGACUACAACACCUGCUCCACCGCGCGGAAAGAGAUCACACGAGGUAAUGGCUGCUGGAUCCAAGAGUGCCGGUCCCAAAUUACAGAACCCUACCCCGACCGUUGCCUCCGCUGUCCCCUCAAAAGAGUUGGGCGAAGAUGGUGCUCCGAGGUCCAGCAAGAGAGCUAGGAAGGUUUUGUCUUAUGACGAGGACAAGCACGAUGAGCAGUUGGCUUUGUCGUUAACCCAUAGUACAUCUGGCGCCCUGGCUACGAAUCCAAGGAAGAGGAAGAAGAUCUGGUUGAACCAGGGUCUAUAUUUGGGCCAAGAGCAAGACAUAGAUGUUACAAGGCGCCCAUCUGGGGGAUCGAGAAAACGUGGAAAAAUUAUGGAGAAAAAAAAGCCGUCCGUCCUACCCUUGCCCAUGUUUACCGGAUCGAGGAUUAUGGAAACCGAAAGGGACUUCAAGCUCCCAUUUAAUGUGUUUGCACCCAGUCCGUGGAGGUGUGGACCCAUUCCAGACUGGAGGAGAUUGAAUCAUAGUACACCACCCUCUUUUGAAUUUUCACAUCUCCGUAGAUUCAUGGACACGAUCCCAAUGAAGAUAAAUAGGAUAGUACAAUUGACUAACGACACCUGCGUGUGAUUGUGUAACACACAGAUGUUUUGAUUGGCGACGCCGCCUCCCAUUGGAAAAAAGAGAAAGCUUCUACAGCCAAGUGCGUUUGCGCUGAAGACGUCGGCUGUGACGAGAACUGCCUCAAUAUGUGUACCUGGGUAGAAUGUGAUGAAGGCAACUGCAAUGUCGGAGUUGAGCACUGCACAAACAGAGCUUUUGCAGACCUCAAGGAGAGGGUGAAAUCAGGCACAAAGUUUGCGGAGGGGGUUGAAGUUGUCAAGGUACACUUUUCUUUCUGCCGGGCAUAGGGUAGAAUUUCAGGGUGCUGAUUUUACGAUGCGAUCAGACUGCCAAUUGCGGUCACGGCCUGAGGGCAACAAGGAGCUUUAUGCCCAAUCAGAUCAUCGUGGAGUACACUGGUGAAAUUAUUACCCAGGAAGAGAGCGAGCGUAGAAUGGUUGAGGUCUAUAAGGAUAAUAAGGUAUGUUGCCUGUCCACCACAUACGCUCAUUCCGGAUACUUACCGGAUCAGAAUUACUACCUUAUGCUAUUUCACCAAAACAUGAUACUUGAUGCAACCCGAGGCUCGGUCGCCCGAUUUGUCAAUCGUGAGUAUGAUUCUUGCCGGGUUGAAAGAUAGGUUGCGUGUCGCUGUUAGCUUUGCAAAAAAAGAAAGAGGGAAAGAAAGAAAGACUUGUCUUGAACCAAUGUUUAGGUUUGAUGCGAUUUUUUCGUCGAACUAGAGCCAUGGCAGCUAAAUACGCACUAGAUAUUGAAUAUAUUGGCUAAUAUAUAUUUUGGAUAUAGAUUCAUGUGAUCCCAAUUGUCGGAUGGAGAAGUGGUGAGUUGGAUCGAAACCCGCUGACUUUUUACAAUAAGCUAAUUAUCUCAUAGGCUAGUCGAAGGUAGACCCAGAAUGGCACUGUUUGCCGGAGACGAUGGGAUCGAAGCCGGAGAGGAGCUCACAUACGACUACAAUUUCAAUUGGUUUACUGGUGUCAGCCAGCAGACUUGUCACUGUGGAGCUGACAACUGCCGCGGUGCUUUGGGGAAGAAAGCCGAUGGCUUUCAGAGAGCGUCUCCGCCUGCCAAAGGCAAAGGUAAGGCCAAAGGGAAGGCUGGGGCUACGUCAAAGGGUAAACCAGCUUCGGCUAGAGCUAGAGCUGAAGUUGCGCCCAAGAGCAAAGUGGCGAUCAAGGGCAAAGCCUCAACCAAGGGCAGAGUGACAGCCAGGACCAGGGUUGUGACCACCACAAAAAUCACCAAACCUGCCAAGGCCAGAAGCACAAGGGCGGCCAAAGGAAAGGGUGCUAUCAGAGCUACCGUAAAGAAAACAACCGUCAGAAUCCAGAGAUCAGUAACAGCCAGCUCGAAUCGUGUUCGUAGGGUGGUUCGCAAUGCUGCUCCCCCACCCCCGGAGGAAUUUUCGGAGGACGAGGAAGAGGGAGGGGAAGAGAAGGAGGGGGAGGGGGAGGGGGAGGGGGUGGAAGAUAGCGAGGAGUCAGGGAAUGUUGAAGAGGAAGUUGGGGAAGUCGAGGGAGCUGAGGAGGUUGGGGAAACCGAGGUGGCCGAAAAAGACGAUGAUCAGAGUGAUAUAGAGGGGUUGGAAUCUAUAUGUGUGGCGUCUUCUCCUGGCCAAGCGGUUUUAUCCGACUUUGCCCGCCAGAGAAUCCGCAAUCGCGGUGGGAAGCCCCGUGUUACUAGGACCUACAAAAUUGGAAAGACCAUUCGUGCCAAAUAUUACAAGGGGAAAUUGGGCCCCAGAAAGAAGGCUAUCCAGGAUGCAAUCACCCCAUUACUAGCAUCCGGGAGUUCCUCUGAGUCUGCUACUAUAACUGUAGCUACGUCCCCUAGGACGUAUAGGGAGAUCGCACCCAAACCGCCUUCUGACGCAGAAGCUUCAAGUUCAAUGAGCAGCACCAGUGGUACCUCGGUUUCCGGGAGGGUAGGCGUUAGGAGAUCAAUCAGGAAGAAUGGCACUCCCAGUGCAGCACAAAACACCGUCCAAACUUUCGAAGCACUAGUUGCAGGACACCCGGCCGCGACACCAUUGCUCGGUCAAGCUUUGAAUUCAGUUCUUGCUACAAGCGCCGAAGCGGAGGCUCUCGCAACUGGCGUCGGGUUAUUGGGCAGUGUCGAAUGCACUGUCUAG